UCUGCGUGGGUGCCAAGGGAUGGAGGCUGGGGGAAGGAGCCGAACGCUGCCCGGCGAGGCGUCCCCACCUGGGGACAGGCGAACUGGCACGCUUUGGCGGCAGGGGAGGAGCCGGCAGCCGCAGGCUUGGCUUGGCACUCAGCCCCUCCCUUCCCUCCCCUCUCUGCAGCCCGUCCCUUUUAAGGAGCUCCACCCAGGGUCAGGCCAGGGUGGAGCUGUCAGACUAUUCACACCUCACAGCCCAGGGCUGGCAGGCUAGACACACCAGCAGCAGGCAGCUCUUUAUUCAGAGAGAGACUCCUCUGUGGAGGAGCAGAGCUCUCUGACUGCUUCGCGGUUGUGCAUCUCCAUGGAAGGCUGAAGGCUUGGGCCUGUGCAGACCCCGACGUGAACGUAUAUCAAUAAUAAGGUGCCGCCAUUGGCCACAUCUCUCCCUUUUUUGUUUUGUUCUUUUUUAAUUCCCCUUCCGCGUUCUUCUGUUCACCUGAGAGGCGUGUGGGGAAGAAACUUGGCUGAGGAUCUAGGGACCUCGACAGCGUGCUAAGUUGCCAGGUGUACAGGCCGGAGGAGGUGAGGGAGAACGGUGGACCCACCCUGACCGCCAGCCGGCAGAGCCCUGGGUUUUGCAGGGGGACCCCGACUGCACCCACACGGGCUGGUAUCCCACCUCCUUUGCCUGCUCCCGGCCGCCAGGAACAGGAGCGUCGUGCAGACCUCGCGCGUGGUGAGGGGCAGCUGUUCGGAGCCCGGCUCAGGAGCAUGAUCCUCCCCGCAGACAGCAUGAGCGCCGUGCAGUACCGGAGGAGCCCACCGCGUGCCGGCUGGGCGGCUGCAGGCUCAGUCCAGAGUAAGGUGCUGCCCAAGAUGAGCUCCUCAUCACUGCUGGAGGACAGCUCCAUAGAGCCCCCGGUGCUGCUGACUGACAUAAAGACGGAGCCUCCUGAAGAGCUGCUGGCCAGCGACUGCAACCAGCCCCAGGCCGAGCCUGUGGACCUGUCACUCAACAAGCCCAAGGUGUCUCUUCAGUCCUCCACCCUGCUGCCCUCCUCCAUCAGGUCCUCGCCCAUGCUGGUGGCACCACCCAUCCAGGCCCCUGUGGUCUCCAUGUCACCCACGGGGCUGGGCUCUUCGUCUGCCAUCCCCGCCGUGCUGUCCCCUGGCUCCAUCCUGGCCUCCACGCAGGGCAGCGGGGGCCAGCAGAUCCUGCACGUCAUCCACACAAUCCCCUCGGUCAACCUGCCCAGCAAGAUGGGCAAUCUACAGACCAUCCCAGUGGUGGUGCAGUCCCUGCCCGUGGUCUACACCACCAUGCCCACAGACGGAGUCACCGCCGCCAUCACCGUGCCCCUCAUCGGCGGUGAUGGCAAGAAUGCCGGAUCUGUGAAAAUUGACCCCAGCUCCAUGUACCCCCUGGAGAUGAACAGUGACAGCGAGGACAGCGUCACGGAGAGCAGCUCAGCCCCCUUCCAGGACCUGCAGAGAGAGUCACGGUCACCGGUGGCCCGGAUGCAGCGGGCCGAGUCCCCCGACUUGAAGAAGAGGCGGAUUCACCAGUGUGACUUCGAGGGCUGCAACAAGGUGUACACGAAAAGCUCCCACCUCAAAGCACACAGGAGGAUACAUACAGGAGAGAAGCCGUACAAAUGCACCUGGGAAGGCUGCACCUGGAAGUUUGCCCGCUCCGACGAGCUCACCCGGCAUUUCCGCAAGCACACAGGCAUCAAGCCCUUUCGCUGCUCGGACUGUGACCGCAGCUUCUCGCGCUCGGACCACCUGGCCCUGCACCGCCGGCGGCACAUCAUGAUGUAAGGGGAGGGCCUCCGGCUCCUCCACUGCCCCCCCGCCUGCCCACCCCCGCCUCACCAGCCACAGCGGAGAGACUGCGAGACGGGAGGCACCGUCCCCAGCUUGAUUCAGCCUGGCAGCAGGCUGGAUGCCAGCUUGGCACCUGUGGCUGCCCACACCUGAGAAAGCAGACCUCCUACCACACACAUGAGAGCUAGAAUGAGGCUCUGGAGAGAUGCCCUGCUCCUUCUCUUCUGUUCUCCUCCCCUUCCUUCAGUGGCUGGAAAGCCCCAGGAUUCCUCGAAAUGGCACCCAGCUCUUCAUCUGGCUUUGAUUUUUUUUUUUUGCACAUUGCCUUCCCCUUCUGGGUCAGGAAACACCGUGGGUGUCCAGCACAUGCGUGCACAGCCCCAGCACGACCCUGGCCUGGGGGAGUGAAUCAGACUGGCCGGACGGCAUCGCUGCAGGCAGAAGGCUGCUGCUGGGGGUUGGAUUGGGGGUUUGGCUCACGGCGAGGGGCUGGCCGUCUCCUACCCACGGGCUGAUGCAAUAGGGCUCCGUUCCUGUGAAGCUGGCGCUGCCAUCUCUCCUGUUCCACGACACAUCAAACGUGGCUUGUCCUAGCUGAUUCCUUGCACUCCCUGAGGUACUGCUGGCAUUGGAGAGCCCGCCUGGCCUUGGCUUGAUCUCUCUCUUUCAUGAGCACAUGGGCAACUGGCCGUUAGCGAAGAGGCCUCAUUACUUGAGGACAAGGGGCUCAUGGUGUUACCUGAGGAGGGAGGGCCCGAGGAACAAAGAAAAGGGAAAACUUUGCGGAACACGGAACUGUGAUGAUUUUAUCUGAUUUUAGGGGGGGGUGGGUUGGGGACCCUGAAUUCUGCCCACGCUGCAGGGCCAAGGAAUAGGACAUUAGAUAUGUUUCUAACUUAAACCUAGCAGCCUGGACACGGACUGUUGCAUUUUUCUAUUGCUCGUCUGGCCUGCAGAGGCUGAGCCGGCCCCGUGCUGUGCGUGGACUCAUGGGGCUCUGUACUGGAUCGUUUUGGACUUGAUCUUGGGGGGGGCUGCGGGGCUGGAAAUACACACGUCCGUGCACAGUUGAUAUAUAUAUAUUUUUUUUUAAGAAUUGCUUUUCCCCUUCCCUUCUGCAGGGGCGGAGCUAAGAACCUGCUGCUUUUCCAGUUGCGCCUUUUUGUGUCUGCAUCUUUCUCUCUGGUGGAUUUGAGUUUGGCAAAUGCAGGGAUGGAGUGCGCCUGCCAGACAGCCUCUGUGCCACCCACGGGAGAGGGGGCGAGUGCAGUGGCUGGAAUUGGUGGGGGGAGGGAGACGGGAAGGAGAAGAUCGUCAAGAUGAGGCAAACCGGAUCCUCGUCCUGCCACCAGCCUGGGCUAGGGAUCUGGUGUUCCAGCUAAAGCGAAGAGUCUGCCAGCAAUCCUGGUAUUGACAUGAUGUAUAUGCUGAAGGGGAGAGACUGGGGAGUCCCGUUAAAUGAAUGUUUGGUGCUGCGUGUGGCUCUGCUUAUCACAUUGUUUCCCCUUUGCUCCCCAGUCCAGCUCAGCGCUGAGUUCAUGUAGGCCCCGCAACUGCAUUUCACUGUGCAGGUUCUCUUUCUUCCUCGUGUCCCUUUCAUUUAAGAAGGCUCUUGAUCCAUAGGUGCCGACUCUGUGGGUGCUCCAGGGCUGAACCACCCACUUAAAAAAAUAGGGGUUGCCCAGCAGCUGCAGGGCCUGAUUAAUCUUUUGUGGGCCCUGGUGCCUGGACCAUGGCCCCACCUGUGCUCCACCCCCUGCUCCACCCUGAGGCCCCACCGUCACUUGGCCUCUCUCCCUCCACCCCCCUCCGAAGCCCUGCCUGCUGCUCGCACGGGAGGCAGGGGGUGGAGAGGAGCACCCACCCGCAAAACCAAAAGUCAGUGCCUGUGUUUUGAUCAACUCGCCACCCACUGCAGCUCCUUUGCGCCUCAGUGGAACCUGGAGCCAGUCCAUAGCAGGGGAGGAAGAGGUGUGUGGCCACUAUCCGCCUGCGGGUUAUGCAGCGAGAUCCCAAGCCCUGCCUCUGACGCAGGUCAGCCCUCCUCUGAAAUGAUCUCCCCAGGCAUUGUCCCUUCCUCCAAGGGCGUGAACAAGUCUUUCUGCAUGAGGGAAAAUCCCACAGGGCCUGCUGCCCUUUCCAAAGCUUGAAGCUGCAGGACAAUUGUUUAGGGUGAGGUUCCAGACAGGCUGGCAUUUGAAAUUCCAUCUGGGUCACUUUGCAGCUGGCAGCUAGCUCCAUGGGGAAGUAAACGUAUUUCAUCUGAACUUCAAUCCUCAGCCUACCAGGAACACAGAUCUGCCUAGACUUUUCCCAUCCCCCACAUUCCUGUUACCUGGCUGGCCUCAGUGUUGCCAACUCUGGCUGUAUUUGGUGUUUUUCUUAAAGCUGCAGGUCCUGGACUCAGGUGACAAUCUCAGCUUUCAUUGAAGAGCAAAGUUUUUCCUAUCUUCCUGGUUGUGGAGCAAACUUUGAACAUAUGACCUCUAAAGGCUCCAAGUGAACCCCCCCCCCAAAUUGUGUUUUAUAAAAACCUCAUGAUUUUUGAAUGCUCGGGGUUGGCAAUACUGAGAUGAGAUCUGGGAAGCCGACAGGCCAUGUGUUUUGAUUUUAAUUUCUUCAGUCUGCUGUUUCCUGAGCAUCCGUGCAAAACACACACGUACACACAUGCAACAGAGCACAACAAGAAAACGAGGAGGGCAAGAGACGGCAAAGGGAACGGUAGCUCCCCUCUGUCUGAGCAGGGCAGGCUUUGCUUUGGGAUUUUUACCAUGAAAUAUUUUAAAAUCUUGAGCUGUGAGAUAUUUGUACAAAACUGUUUGACGUUUUUCUACAUGGGAAUAAUAUGGAAAGUAGAUGCAUUUUAUUGGUGUGUGUCUUGCUUUUAAAAAGAGGCUUUUUUGUCUUUUGGUUGGUGGGAGGGAAAAGGCCGUAGUUUCAAUCCAGUAAAAACAGAUCCCCCUUUCUUGGUUCUCGGCGUGAUCUCUAUAAAGGGAAGAAGUUGUCAAGCACAGUUUUGGGUUCCAAAAUUUAGAUUUCAACCCCCCCUCCCCCCC